AUGGUUUUAGUAGAGUCCAAUAUUCCACCUCUAGCCCAAACUUACAACAAAAUUCUAACCAAUUGGUCCACAAAAAUCGUCACAAUAGACGAAACGAAAGAGUUAAAGAGCGAAAACGAACACGAACACGGAGCGUUACUCGAAAACCUACCGGUGAUCGACCUGGUAGGAUUAACGAGCGAAGACGAAGGAGAAAGAGCCGAAUGUGCCGCGGAGAUCGCGCGCGCUUCGUCGGAGUGGGGUUUCUUCCAAGUGGUGAACCAUGGGAUCAAUCACAAACUCCUUCGAGAUAUGAGGAGAGAGCAAAUCGAGCUUUUUAAUGCUCCAUUUUCGAAGAAAUCGAGCUGCGGCCUUCUUAACAAUUCGUACCGGUGGGGGUCCCCCACCGCAGUUUCCCCUGACCACUUCUCCUGGGAGGUGCUUGUGGAAUACGCGGGAGAAAUGCAGAAACUAGCGAAAUUGUUGGCUGGUGUGCUAAUAGAAAAUUUAGGUCAAAAAAAGGAGGAAUUCGAAGAGAUGAUAAGUUGUGACGAGAGCACGUGUUUUCUCCGGCUGAACCAUUAUCCGAGAUGUCGGGUUUCGACGGCGGCGGAGUUAAUGCAUGGAUUAGUGCCGCACACAGACAGUGAUUUUCUAACAAUACUGCAUCAAGACCAAGUUGGAGGGCUUCAACUAUUGAAACAAUCUCAAUGGAUUUCUGUUCACCCCAGAAAAGAUGCACUCAUUGUCAACAUUGGUGACCUUUUUCAGGCUUGGAGUAAUGAUGUAUACAAGAGUGUAGAGCAUAAAGUGAUUGCAAAUCCAAAUAUGGAGAGAUUUUCAGUUGCUUACUUUCUCUGCCCUUCAUAUGAUUCUAUGAUUGGAGCCUGCAAAGAACCUUCUAUUUAUAGAAACUUUACGUUCGGAGAGUAUCGAAGCCAAGUCCAACAAGAUUCUAAAUUAAUCGGACACAAAAUCGGCCUCCCAAGAUUUCUUCGGUAG